CCGCGCCGGCCCUGAGGACGUGUGCACGCUGCCUUCGCGGCUCCUGGGCCUUGAGAUGCGCGGCUCGCGGGCCCGUGCCAGCUCCAGGUGCGUGAGGAGGAUUUCAAGAACCCAGACAUCUGUGGAGUGUAAGAACACCAUGGAGCUCAUCAGAGUAUAUCACUGAAGAAUAUGAUGGCUGAAAACAAUUUGAAAAUGCUAAAGAUUCAACAGUGUGUAGUAGCCAACAAACUACCUAGAAACAGGCCAUAUAUUUGCAAUAUUUGCUUCAAGCAUUUUGAAACACCCUCAAAAUUAGCUAGGCAUUAUCUCAUUCAUACUGGUCAAAAGCCAUUUGAAUGUGAUGUGUGUCAUAAAACCUUUAGACAACUAGUUCAUCUGGAAAGACAUCAACUAACUCAUAAUCUGCCUUUUAAAUGUAGUAUUUGUCCACGCCACUUUAAGAAUCUGAAGACGUUCGUGAAGCACCAACAGCUUCACAAUGAAACUUACCAGAAUGAUGUUAAACAGGUCAGAAGACUGCUGGAGGCCAAGCAAGAAAAGCCAGUGUAUGGAAUGUAUCAUGCUCUUACCACAGAGGAGAGAUGGGCAUUACACCCGUGCUCCAAGUCUGAUCCUACACACAGCCCUACAAAGAAAAAAAAGAAUAUUCACGCGUGUACAAUCUGUGGCAAGCUGUUCCCAUCACAGUCAAAACUUGACAGGCAUGCACUUAUUCAUACUGGUCAGAGGCCUUUUAAAUGUGUCCUGUGCAGUAAAUCUUUUCGACAGUCAACUCACUUGAAAAUCCACCAACUCACACAUUCAGAGGAAAGACCUUUUCAAUGUUGUUUUUGUCAAAAAGGAUUUAAGAUUCAAAGCAAACUUCUGAAGCAUAAACAAAUCCAUGCCAGGAAUAAGACUCUUCAGACUCUUUCAUUAAAGGUGAAGAGUCCAGAAUCAGGCCCCCUGCCUAAUAAAUUAAAUGCAAAGCAGGAUAGUUUUGAAAAUGGUGAUAUAUGUGAAUCUGAGGAGAAUAAUCAACUUGAUGUCCACUCUAUUUAUAUUGUCCCUUUUCAAUGUCCAGAGUGUGAAGAAUGUUUUGAAUCAGAGCAGAUUCUCAAUGGACAUAAGUGUUUUCCUGCCAGAAGUGGCAAAAUUCCAAGCAGGCUCAAAAGAAGCUACAACUAUAAAACCAUUGUUAAAAAAAUCUUGGCUAAGCUUAAACGUGCUGGGGGUAAAAAAUUAGAUAAUUUUCGAUCUGAGAAAAAAGUAUUUAAAAACAGUUUCUUGAAAAAUUGUGAUCUUAUUUCUGGUGAGCAGAGCCCUGAACAAACCCAGAGAACAUUUAUGGGUUCUCUUGGCAAGCAUGGAACAUAUAAGACAGUUGGCAAUAAAAAGAAGAAAACGUUGACUUUGCCAUUUUCUUGGCAAAAGCACUUCCAGAGCCAAAAUAUGGGAAAAAACGUAAAAGGUAUUCUUACACCAGAGAACAUGUUAACUAUGGAUAAUUCUGUGAAUAAUAAAGAUGUAUCUAUCUAUGGUUCAUCAGGUGAGGAAUUCUUUGAAAACUGCGAAGUGCUUCAGUGUGGUUUUUCAAUUACAAAUGAAAACAUCUAUACUGGACAUAAGAUGUGUCCUUGUGACAAAUGUGAGAAAGUGUUUCCUUCCGUAUCUAAACUACAAAGACACUAUUUAAUUCAUACUGGACAGAGGCCUUUUGGCUGUAAUGUUUGUGGGAAAUCUUUUAGACAGUCAGCUCACUUGAAAAGACAUAAAUUAACUCAUAUUGAUAAGAUUCCAUAUAGAAAAUCUCUUUGCCAAGUAGAAUUGGAAAAUUUGAACAAACUUUUCAUUCAUCAAGGUGAUAAUGUUAACUAUAGUGCUUCCCAACAAUGUCAGACUCUUGGUUUUCAAAAAUACGAGGUCUCGGAGUCAGAUCAAACAUCAGAAAUAAAAGUUAAGGCAGAAUCAGAGGAUUUCAUUCUUGGUACCCCCUAUAGGAACAGGCAGCCCUGUCUCUCUAGUGCACUUCUGGAAUCAGAGCAGAGCCAUCAUAGUCAUUGUUGUAGUUAUUCAGGGCGUACUGAGAGGAACGAUGGCCUUCUUUACCAAUGCAGUGUUUGUUCUAAAAGUUUUAGAUCCCCAUCGAAGCUGGAAAGACACUAUCUAAUUCAUGCAGGGCAGAAGCCAUUCGAAUGCUCAGUUUGUGGCAAAACAUUCAGACAGGCUCCACACUGGAAGAGACAUCAACUUACUCACUUUAAGGAAUGACCACAAGAGAAAAUGAUUGUCUUAAAGUCAGUUAUGUAAUUGACAGACCCACUAACACAUGUGUGGUCUUUCUGGUGACCUUGCUCUUUAGCCUGUAUCAUUUAUAAUGUAUUUGUAUCAAAAGGCCUGCAUUAGAUUGAAUGAUUUUGUAGGCACUUGCUUGUCUGCAUAGUCAGAGGUAAGAUACAUAGAAAUGUAAUACGUUUUAGGAACAGCCAAAUUAAUUUUUAGGGGGAAGAACAUGAUUUGAUGCCAUAAAGCAGGUAUUUGUUUUAUUUUAACAUAUACUUUGGCUGUAUUGAAAAUGUUGUAAAUCCAUGAUGUGGUGCAAAUAAUUCAGCCUCAUUUUUAAAGGAAUUAUUCCUUAAGACACGCCAUCUCCUUUUAUAUAUGCUCAAAAGACUGAGAGGCAAAAAUUGGUUUUUGGCCACUACAGAUAGCCCCACUAUAUUAUUUCAUGUAUUUUAUACCUAUGGUUCAAAUUCCAUUGCAAAAUUUUUUCUUAUAAGCUAAAAAAUAUAAAGGCGAUAAAAGUGAAAGUGGAUGAGAAAAUAAUAGCAUUAUUUUCAUUGUUCUUUUCCAAGCUGUUUAUUCUUAGGACUCCGGUAGCUUCCCCCCCCCUAUUCUAUAGGUGAUUUGAAUUGUUUUUUUGCCCAGCCUGCUGUUAUCUUUACCCCCAAAAUGUAAAAGUAGGAGAGAGGCUAGGAUGCACCUCUAUACAUUUACCAUGUUUACUUAUCAGGAAUAAUGUUCAAGUGCCAUAAUCUUUUUGAUGAUAUGUAUGCAGUGUCAUCUUUUCAGAGGAAUGAAUGCAAUUCAUCUACAUGCUUAUUAAUGAUUGAUAGCAGUAGUUGUAGACUUAAGACUCACCUGUAGAUCUGCAUCUCCAUAAGACUUUUACAUUUACCUUAGUAAAACUUUCUUUUAAUACCUCUUUGAGUGGUCCUAUGACUAAACUAAAUAUUCUAUUAAGUUUGAUCAAACGGCAGUGACUAGGUGUAGUUCUAGUUUUUAUUCCUGUUUUUUGCAAGAUUCUAAUGCUAAAGAAUGUUAUUUUGAUCAUUAGUAAAUUGUUAUUUUAAUUAGUAAGGUAAUCCCAUGUAGGAAUAAGAUGCUUAUGGAAUUGAGAGUAUCAUUCUAAACAGUACUGUCAUGAUUUGGGGAAUAUUUAAUCAAACUGUAAAAGGCUUGUAAUCACACAUUGUCCUUCACAUUUGCCAUUUUUAAUAAAAUCUUUAAGAAUGACAUUUCCUAGCAAUAAGAGAAAAUAACCAUUAUCUUUCUAAGGUGAAAAGAACAGGUGGGUAUUUAUCCUAGCACUCUCAGAUAUAUGUAGUGACAAGCCCUCUACUGAGAAUGGAUAAAGGAACAAUUUUACAUUGUACUGUAAGAAUUGUCUUUGUGGGGGGGGAGGGGGGAGGAGAAGUCGGUCUGCUUCUUUUACAAGUGAAUUUUGAGAAACUUGGGUUUAAUUCAUAGAGAUUAAACUUAACAGUACAGAUAAAAGCCCAAAGAUGUACAAAUGUGCAGGAGAAUCGCGUUUUAAAGAAUAAUUUCUCAUGUUUCCUUGAGGUGUGUUCCUCCAGUGCUAGCAAGGUGAUGUUUUAUAUAAUUUGCUUUA